UUUGACGCGCCGACCACGCCUGCUGCGACGCCUGCUCCGACGCAUAUGGCCAGUCCAGUGGCCAGCUGUCUCACGAGCGCAAUAAUCUAUCCCCACCAUGUCCUCAGUGGCCGGCCCGCCUCGGUCAACCGCCGCGCCGUGGCUCUCCUUGUGAUGAGGAGGCGUCGUCACGUCGUCAAGUCGUCAGGCACGCAUCAAUUCACAGGCCAUCACAGGCUCAUGGCGCACUGGAAGCCGGCCCGAGGGAAGCAGAGGGCAAAACGAGCCUGGAUAACGAGCGCUAUAUUGGCAUAUUGGCUCGUCCGGUUGAGCAAUAUCGUUGCAUUUGCCGGUCCAGCCUCAGCAAUAACAGCGAAAAUGUAAAAGGUCAUCGUGACACUACGACCUCGCCGCAGAAUCAAGCACUCGCGGCAGAUGCAACGAGAAUAAUGGUCCCCUCGCG